AAGAAAGAGUCGGCCAUGUUCAAAAUGCAGAAUCUUUAUUGUCCGUCAUCAUUUUUGUCCACCGCUGGGGUUUAAAUAAAGACCUGGAUUAUUUGAAUAAGAAUCAAGGUGCCCAUGGAGCUGCCCAACUACGGCCGACAGUUCAUGCAGCAGCUGCACACGUUGCGCAAGGAGGGACGCUUCUGCGAUUGCACCAUCCUGGUGGGCGACACGCCUUACCGUGCCCACAAGCUGGUGCUGGCAGCUUCCAGCCUGCUCUUCAAGUCUUUGUUAGAAGGCUCUGAUAGCAUCUCUAUUGACACCUCCGUGGUCAGCGCUCAGGAGUUCGCCAGCCUGCUGGAGAUGGUCUACACAGGCAGGCUUCCGCCGGGCAAACACAACUUCACCCGGGUCAUUGCAGUUGCGGACAGCCUGCAGAUGUUCGAUGUGGCCGUCAGCUGCAAGAACAUCCUCACUAGUCUCAUGAGACCACCGGUGGUUGCAUCAACAAAAUCCCCAGUCUCUGGGAACCCAAGACUGGAAAAUGAGCCUGUUCUUGCUGGCGUCAGGGUGGCGGAGUCCAGGCAGGUGGUAGAAACAAGAGGACCCCAAAAAGAGGAGCAGACACCCAGCAGCAGCUUGGACGCCUGCCCUCAGGAGCCUCCUGAUGCAAAGACUCGCACUGAAUGUUUGGAGAAAGCAGAUAGAGCAACGGACCAAGUUAUGGACACAGGCCUUGACUUUUCAACUGAGAGCAAGGACUUGGAGUUCUUGUCCCAAAGCAGAGAGAAGAUUGUUGAGAUCGUUGGGGAUGUCCAUCUUUGGGUGAAAGCUGUACAGAUGUGGGAGGGCAUUUCUGCUGUCGAAAGACAGGUUAUUUUAGACUGCUGUAGAGAAGAGUCAGAUGGGCCGAGUGUAAUCCGCAAGCUCCUGAACAUGGUGAUGGACAGAAAGUGCCUUUCGGCCUACACAGUCUUUUCCAUACUAGACCUGCUGAAAGAGCGCUACCCGGAGCUUAUUCCGGUGCUGCAAAGGCACAGUGUGCAGGUUUCAGAGCACCAGGAUGAGAGCCCUGUGGGGCAAGAAGGCCUGACUGGUGAGGCCAGGUCUCCGUUUGCCCACCUGCUACUUGGGAAUGCAGAGAAACUAGUCAGUGCCCUCUCUGAAGUGGACACUCUGGCCGAUAGGCUGGCCACAGCUGCAAGAAGCUCCAUGGAGGAGUACACCAGGGAGAUGGUGUCCGAGUGCUGCAGAAGCGGGACCCCCAGGGAGGUGGCCAAGCGUCUUAUAGCUCGGGUCAAGGAGGCAGAGGGGGGCAGCAACAAAGGUGUUGCAAAAGACACAGCCCUAAAUGGCUUGUUGACACUUCUACGCAUGAUCCAGGACAGCUCUCCUGCCCUACAGAAACUUCUGGUGCACACAGACCCCCAGGAACCCCUUGAAGCAAAGCCAACAGGUCUUUGCCAGGAAGCAGACGAAUCUGAGCUAUUAAAAAGGUACCAUAGCAGGAUUUUGGAGGCAGUCUCUGACCCCCAGCCUCUCCUGCAGUGCCUGAAAACCAUGGCAGGUUUCCCCUCUAAGGAGAAAGAGUGUGCCGAAGCCUUGCUGCAGCAGGCUGCUGGUGCCCAGGUUGUGGAUAAACUACUGUCAGCUGCUCUGCAGGGCAGUGCCAUUUCAGUUCUCUCCGUGUGGAGAAUGCUGUUUAUGGCAGGGGCCCGGGACCCCUCGCUGGAGUCCCUCAUCCAGGAAGUCCGGGAACAGCCAGGAGUGCAGAAGCUCGUCUAUGCAGCAAUGGACCCAGAGGGUCUCCAUGUGGACCUGCUGCUUAAGCACAAGGCCCUAGUCCUGCAAGUCACAGAGACCAUUGCAGACCUGGAAGCUGGCAUUCAGACUGCAGAAGGACAAACUGAGGGAGUUACUGAGUUCCUCAGCACCUGCAAGAGCCAGGGCGAGAACUUGACAAUGGCGGACAUCCUGAGCCGGGUGCUGGAGCAGUCACUCCCAGCGCAGCCGUUUUGCAGGCUCCUCGCCCUCAACCAGCAAGUCCUCCCACUGCUUCAUCCAUUAUUUCAUGACAUGAAGCAAGCUGGGAAGGAGACCACACUCCUGAAAAGCAGUGCUGAGGGCUUUCCUGUGGAGGAGUUUGAGGCAAGUGACGAACAGCAGAUGAAAAAGAGCGGGAAGCAGGCAGCAGUGAAGCAGUGCUUCUGCCAGUGGUGCGGAAAGGCUUUUGCUUUCCGCUGCCGCAUGGAGGUGCACCGUAAGCGGUGUCGACUCUCGCAGGAGGCAAGCCAGCAUUGCCCCCACUGCUCCCUGGAACUGGCCACCCCCCUUGCUCUGCAGCAGCACCUGGCCGAGGCACACGAGGGCCCACCCCGCAAGAAGAAGAGAAAGCAGGAGCUGGUGGCAUGCGAUCUUUGCGGCAAGACCUUUGCUCAUCCAUCCGGCAUGUUGUACCACAAGCGCACCGACCACUUUGAUGAGAAACCGUACUCGUGCGAAGAGUGUGGCGCCAAGUUCGCAGCCAACUCUUCGCUGAAGAAUCAUCAGCGGCUGCACACUGGCGAGCGCCCCUUCCGCUGCAAACACUGUGACAUGAGUUUCAGCCAAGCCGCCGCACUCUCCUAUCACAGCAAGAAGAAGCAUUCUGAAGGUAAGAUGUAUGCGUGCCAGUACUGCGAGGCCGUGUUUGCCCAGUCUAUUGAGCUGACUCGUCACGUCCGCACGCACACCGGUGACAAGCCCUACGUCUGCAGGGAGUGUGGAAAGGGCUUCAGCCAGGCCAAUGGGCUGUCAGUUCACCUGCACACAUUCCACAAUAUUUCUGACCCCCAUGACUGUCAGAAGUGCCGGAUGAGCUUCUCUUCUCUUGAGGAACACAGAAAGCACAUCCAGGAGUGUCAUCCCAAAGAGUACCACCAGUGCAACAUGUGCAGCAAGAUCUUCAACAGUAGUGCCCUGCUGGAGAAACACGUGAUCACGCAUGUUGGUGGGAAGCCCUACAACUGCAAGAUAUGUCACAAGGCCUACCAGCAACUCUCAGGUCUGUGGUACCACAACCGCAUCACCCACCCUGAAGUGUUUGCCGGCCAGGGCAGCCGCACGCUCAGGUCAUUUGUCCAGUGUCCAGCCUGCAGCAGGGCCUUUCCUAGCAACAGCAGCCUGCUCAAGCACCAGAAGCACGAGCACCCAGAGGGAAUCUUCGAAUGUGAGGAAUGCAAGGACACCUUUCCUGAGCUCCAGGAACUUGAGGAUCAUAAGAAAGAAAAGCACUCAGGGGAAGAGCUGCAUCUCUCCCAGUGUCCAUACUGCCCCAGCUCAUACGCCACAAGAGCAGAAAUGCAGCUACACGUCUGCACGCAGCACUUAAACCAGGAGGGGGACAUGUUUAGCUGCGCGCACUGCGAACUCCUGUUCUCCUCACAGCUGGAGCUGCAGGAUCACUUCCUGUCACACCACCAGGAGGGCCUGUCCGACAACCCCCAGAGCGCUCCUUCACAAAUGGUCAUCCAGACUGAGGAGAGCCCUGAUGGGCCAGAGCAGGUGAUUACCUUGGAUCAGUCGCAGGUGUACGUUGCACUAGCGGACUCUGAGAGUGCAGGCACCGGGUCCGAGAUUGUAGCAGUCAAUAUGGAAGACCUGCUGGAUGGUACCAUCACCUUCAUCUGUGGGGAGAAUCAGUGAUGCUUGCUGGUUUCCACCCCAGUGCUGCACGCUGCUGGGGACACCUCCCGCUGUCUCUGCUUUCUCUCUGGAGAUCAGUUGCAGUCCUGCCACUUUAGCCCAUGUAGCCAUUGUCCACUGAUGAAUUGACCUCCCACUAUAGCUUGUCCUGUUGACCUGAUCAGUAUCUAUAGUAAAUAGCACUUAUGACCAGUACAAGGCUAUGGGCAAAAAGCCUCAGAUUUCAUUCUUUUUUCCACAAUACUACAUUAUGCAAGUUAACAUUUGAGGCUGCUGAUUCUUUUCAGUAAGAUCUGGCAGCUUUAUCUCACUUCCGUAUAGGAAGAACCAUGUGUGUCAGCUGCCAUAUUACUUGUCUUUGGUGUCAAACCUUCAUACCAGAAAUCAUUUGUUCAUAUUUCUCUAUUAGAGUCAGUAUAAUUGUUACUUCCCUUUCAUGAGACCAUGAAAUAAAACCAGCAAUUAAAUUUUUUCUUCAUGAUGGUUAUAAAUGUGUUC